AAGAAGAAGAAAUUAGAAAUUAGCCUAACAAAAAUUCCAAAAUAUAUAACUAGAAUUUUGUCGAUUUUAUUUAAGAAUAUUAUAAUCUUUAAGAAACUUUUUGUAGUAAAAUAAUCAAAAUGUUGCGCGAACUACAACUACUAAGACCUGUAAGGAUACUAUUUGUUCAGACUAGUGGAUUUAAACACUUUCCAUCACCUCCCAACUUUGACCACAUUCAGCUACCAGAAAAACCUAGACUGAAGUUUAUAGAUAAAGUCCCACAGUUGCCUCCAUCGAUACGACCGCCCAAAAUGCAGAAGAAAUUAAAGCUAAUGCGCGGGCCAGAAAAAGUACACAAUUUCUUGUUGCACAAGCAAUAUGGAAUUAUGGCAACAGGAGGUGGUCGGUUAAAGUGGGGUCACUUCGAAAUGAUGCGUAUGACAAUUGGUAGGAAAAUGGAUAACAAUAGGAUGUUUGCUCUGUGGAGAGUAGAUGCGCCUUGGCAGCCAGUCACAAAACAAGGUUUAGGGGUACGAAUGGGUGGUGGAAAGGGUGCUAUAGAUCAUUAUGUUACUCCAGUAAGAGCAGGUAGAAUAAUUUUGGAAUUAGGAGGAAAAUGUGAAUAUGCUGAAGUAAAGAAUUUCCUACAGGAUGUAGCAAAUAAGUUGCCAUUCAAAGCAAUUCCUGUUUCUCAAGAUAUUCUAGACGAAAUGAAGAGGCGUGAAAAAUGGGAGGAGGAAAACAAUCAAAAUGAAUACACCAUGAAGUAUAUAAUUCAGAAUAAUAUGGGUGGUUGCCAGAGGUGGUUAUCUCCUUUUGAAAUAAAAUAUUUUUGUAAAUAUGUAUAGAAUUUUUAUGUAAAAUAAAUUUAUUAAAUUUA